AUGAAUUUAUUAUUCAAAAUAAUUAUUAUUAUUAUUAGCAUUAAUGUUAGUAUUUUAAUUUCUCAAUGCGAUUCACUUGACACUUCUACGCUUCCACGCGAUGGAACCAAUGCAGCUUUGAUAGGAGAUAAAAUUUAUUAUAUUGGUGGCAGAAGAGAGCCUCCUCAAAAAAUUAUUCCGUUUAUAUUAGAUUUAUCAUCAGACUUUACAGCAGUUAAUGCAAAUUUUAUUCAAGUUGUUGGACUUGAAAAUAUGCCAUCAUCACCCGCCUGGACUGCUGCUUGUCUAGAAAAAAAUAAUACGAUUUAUAUAUUUGGUGGGACUGAUGGCUCACAAGCGGGAUUGCCCAAAUUAAACACGUUGUACAAAAUAGAACCAUCCGGGGACAAUUCUCUCAAUUGGAUAAAAUUUUCGCCAAACCAAGGUGACAUAUGGCCAAGUGCACGAGAUGGAAUAUUUCCAAUUAUCGAUAAACUUUCGAGAAUCUUUGUAUGGGGUGGGCGUAAUGAGGGUCAAGAUAAUAAAACAAUGUAUAUGUUCGAAGCGAAUCAAUGGCAAAACUAUACUCUAGAUAAUGCACCGGAUCCGAGAGCAUCUUAUUCGGCUACAUUAUUAGAUGAUGGUCGAAUCAUUUAUAUUGGCGGAAAUAGUAGCGAUCCAUAUCCGGAUGUUAAUUUUUUAGAGUUGUUAAUAUUUGAUACCACCAAACUUGAAUGGAGUACUCAAUUAUCUACAAGUAAUGAACCGAUAAAAAAUCGACAGGGACAUUCAGCAUUGCUUCACAUGGAUUCCACUUCUAUUAUUAUGUAUGGCGGGUUUUACGUUUCCGACGGAGAAAUUCCCGAUUCGGACUCGGUAUGGAUAUUGAGUACCACCAAAAAUUGGACGUGGUCCCGGCCAUCAGUCCCUAGCUUACCUUCCAUUACUGUGACAAGAGGUCAUACUGCGGUUAUACAUAAUGGAUAUAUGGUUAUAGCUUUUGGAACUUACGGAACUAAUUAUUCUUACACAUCUGAGGUAAAAGUUAUGGAUGUUACGAAUUUAAACUCGUUAGCCUGGAUUAUUCCACAUUCGGAGUAUUCGGCACAGUCGGAGAAUUUGAGACAUUCGACCAAUGAACUAAUUUUUGCUCAUACUUCAACUGAUCCUCCUCUUCAACAAACAAAUCUUCGACCUAUUUCAUAUCAAUAUAAUCAAAAUUCACCAUCGUAUUACUAUAACCCGAACUCACCAGCAAAUCAGUAUCGAAUGUAG